AUGGGUCAACUAAACCUGAGUUCACGCGACUCCACCGCACGUGGAGCGUAUGAACCACGGAUGGAGCCCAAGUCGCGUGUCAGCUGGAGGAGAUGUCCGCGUCUGUUAUCGCGAGAGCAGCAGUAUAAUGCUGCCGAAAUGGGACACCGCUUCUCAGAGACGGCAGAUGAAAGCGGUGGUUUGAGAGCUCAGGUGUCUAGGCAGGCUCGCAGGUUUGGAAUACCGGUGCUGUCCCUAACACUGGAGUCCCAGAUGGAGCAAUAUGUGCUCCAUCUGUUGGGAUGUAGAAUCUACAUCCGUGAACAGGAACUCCAGAGAGCAGCUACUGUGUCAGCAAUCAACACAACUUCCUCCAGUUUUUCAUCAGCCCAUACAGCAGCCGGCCUGGCCUCAAAAUCCCCCAACCCGAAACCCUCAAGCUCAGUCUAUGCACCAGCCACCACACAUCCCAGCACAUUAAAUCUCACAACAUCCAGUAAACCAUCUGACAAGACCUCACCUAACCUAUCAUCAAGCUCAGCACCAGCUGGCCUAUUGCCCACGAAGCCAUGUAUGUUUCCUUGUCUUAAUGGAGGCCAGUGUGUUCAAUCUGAAUCAUGUGACUGCAGUUUAUACCAAGCUACUGGUGCUAGAUGUCAAACAGUUCCAAACCCAGGCUUUGAGAGGGAGAUGACAUGCAGGACUUGGGGACAGUACAACUAUGAAACGUUUGAUGGUCUAUACUACUACUUCCCUGGUAGAUGCACAUACACAUUGCUGAGGGAUUGUGAGGACACCUCGGCAUCCAGCAUCAUCGUCCAGGUCCACAAUGAUCCAAGAUGUCACUCCUUCCCCUACAUGUGCACCCGUUCUGUCAGCCUCUUCCUUCCAUGGGAAGGAGAGGUUAGGCUGUACAGCACCAAUGUUACUUUUAAAGGCCAGAGCCUCCAGCUGCCUCACCACAUCCAUGACCUGGAGCUAGAGCAGAUCUCCCAGUAUGUUGUAGUGACCCAACAACAUGGCUUCACCUUGGCUUGGGAUGGAAGCAGUGGCUCCAUCUACAUCAAACUCAGCCCAGAGUUUGUGGGCAGAACUUGUGGCAUGUGUGGCAACUUUAAUGCUGACAUCCAAGAUGACCUGAAGACCAGCUAUGGGGUCCUGACUGAACACAUAGAUAUGUUUGGGAACAGCUGGGUGGAGUCAGAGCCUAACCAGGCCAGGUGUCCCAUGGUGGCGGCUAGCUUUCCCUCACCCUGUACUGCAACAGAUGCACAUGUCCUGCUGAAAGUGGAGGAGGUGUGUGCCAUGUUGCUGGAGGAACCAUUCAGGAGUUGCCAUGACUUUGUCAGCCCCCUGUCCUACAUGGCCAGCUGCUCCAAUGACCUCUGCCUGUCGGGUCCCAAUGGUGAUGUGGUAUGCCAGGUGUUCACUGAGUAUGCCCGCUCCUGUGCCCAUGCUGACCACCCACUGCACGGCUGGAGGGAGCACAUAGCACAGUGUGCGAAGCAGUGUCCUCCAGACCUCCAGUACAGGGAGUGCAUCAGCUGCUGCCCUGCCUCCUGUAAUGUGGAGCGGAUGUGCAUCGACAGCAAGCUGGUCUGUCUGGACGGAUGUUAUUGCCCCGAAGACCUGAUUUAUGAGGAAGGGAGCUGUGUGACCACCUCUGAAUGUCCUUGUGAAUAUCAUGGCAUGUUUUAUCCCUCUGGACAGAUGCUUCAGGAAGAGUGCAACAACUGCACAUGCAAGGGGGGAGCAUGGAACUGCACCAGCUACAGCUGUCCAGGAGAGUGCUCUGUGACUGGAGAUAUGUAUUUCCAUUCAUUUGAUGGUCGGCUGUACACCUUCCCAGCAACGUGCCAAUAUGUCCUGGCAAAGAGUCGCAAUUCGGGGAAAUUCACUGUCACCAUCCAGAAUGCCCCAUGUGGACCUAAUUUGGACGGGGCUUGUAUCCAAUCAGUUAACCUGGUCAUUGACGAGGAUCCGAGGACAGAGAUAACACUGAGCCACAUCGGAGAAGUCUUCAUAGCUGGACAGUACCGCAUCUCCCUCCCUUACGCUGAUGAGAUCUUCCACAUCCAGGAGCUGUCAUCCAUGUUCCUCCAGGUGAAGACUGCCCUGGGUCUGAGGCUACAGUAUAACUGGAGGGAGUUUCGCCUCUACCUGCAGGUGGACGAGCCAUGGAAGGAGGACACAGUGGGCCUGUGCGGCACCUUCAAUGGCAACAUUCAAGAUGACUUCCUGCUGCUGGACUUCAGGUCCCCAUCAGGCAUGAUAGAGAGCACUCCACAACUAUUUGGCAAUGCCUGGAAAACAUCGUCAGCCUGCACUCCAAGCCCCAAUUUACCCCUGCUGGACCCUUGUGAUACACACCAACAAUCUGCAUCCUAUGCCACAGAGAUGUGUGACAUACUAAACCAGGAUGUGUUCUCUGCGUGCCACGAGUACCUGAGUCCCACGCCCUUUCAUCAGCAGUGUCGUGCAGACACCUGUAAGUGUGGCGCUCCCUGCCUCUGCUCUGCUCUGGCUCAUUACGCACGCCACUGCCACAAGUACUCCGUGAUAAUUGAGUUUCGGUCGCAAGUGCCCGACUGCGCGGUCGACUGCCCAGACACUAUGGAGUAUGGAACAUGUGUGUCGUCGUGCCAUCGCCGUUGCUCUGCGCUGUCUGUCCCCCAGCAUUGUGGGGAGGAGUGUGAGGAGGGGUGUGUCUGCCCUCAGGGUACUUUCUAUAACACCCGCAAACACACCUGUGUGCCCAGGAAUGAGUGUCCCUGCAGUUUCUUGGGGGCUGACUAUGAACCAGGGGAUGUGAUCAUGACGUCAGCAGGUGUUCAGAUAUGUCACAACGGAAAACUGGUGUCCCAAAGCACUAACCGUGACAAGCUAUGCCCUGAGGGCCAACUGUACCUGAACUGUUCCGAGGGGGAAGAUGGGUUUCUGUCAGACAGAGGUGUGGCCUGUGAGCAUACCUGUGAAUCCUACCUGCUUAAUCUCACCUGUUCAGCACAUGAACCUUGUGUGUCUGGCUGUUCCUGCCCCCCCGGCUUGCUGAAACAUGGUGACGAGUGCUUUGAACCUGAAACCUGCCCUUGUCUGUGGAAGGGAAAGGAGUACUACCCAGGGGACAGAGUCUCCUCCCCGUGUCACCAGUGUGUGUGCCAGCACGGGACGUUCCAGUGCAUGUUUCACCCGUGUCCAUCCAUGUGCACGGCCUACGGAGAUCGACACUACCGGACAUUUGAUGGCCUGCUGUUUGACUAUGUUGGUGCAUGCAAAGUCUAUCUUGUAAAGAGCAGUGCUGAUGUGAUGCUGAGCAUAACGGCUGAGAAUGUUAACUGUUACGACAGUGGGGUCAUAUGCAGGAAAUCCCUGCUAGUCAGCAUCGGGAGAUCUUUCAUUGCCUUUGAUGAUGAAAGUGGGAAGCCAAACCCCUCCAGUGUGAUUGACAGGAGACAGAGGAUGUACAUCUGGCCUGCCGGCUACUUCACUGUGGUCCAUUUCCCAGAAGACGAUGUAACCAUCCUCUGGGACCGCAAGACCACCAUUCACAUCCAGGUUGGACCUGGCUGGCAGGGAAAGUUGGGUGGCCUGUGUGGAAACUUUGACCUAAAGACAGUGAACGAGAUGCGAUCGCCAGACAACAUCGACUCCCCAACGCCACAGGAGUUUGGCAACAGCUGGACUGCAGCAGAGUGUGUGAACAGUCCAGAUAUCAGACAUCCCUGUAGCCUGAGUCCUCUCAGAGAGCCCUUUGCAAAGAGACAGUGCGGGGUCCUGCUCGGUGAGGUCUUCCAAGUCUGCCACCCAGUGGUGGACGUUACAUGGUUUUACAUGAACUGCCUGGCAGACACAUGUGGCUGCAGCCGCGGAGGAGACUGCGAGUGUUUCUGCACCAGUGUGGCGGCUUAUGCCCAGCGCUGCUGCCAACAGGGCAUUGCCGUGGACUGGCGUUCUCCAUCUCUGUGCCCAUAUGAUUGUGAAUUCUACAAUAAAGUUCUAGGUAAAGGCCCCUUCAGGCUGGUCACCUACAUGGAGCGUGGCACCCUGCUGGCAGCCAAUAGGUCCACUGGGACAGUUUAUCUCCAAAGGGGGAAUCCCAGCACUGCAGGGGUGCUGUCUCACUUCAUGAUGACCCCUGGUCUCAGCAAAUCACGCCCUCACGACACAUCACUGGUUUCCUUUGAGGCCGCAGACAGACCCAAUUACUUCCUGUUCUCCAGCUCUAGCAGCCAUCUGAGGCUCGCCAAAUGGGAGGACAGUGAGGCAUUCUGGGAUGGGGCCACCUUCAUCCUCCACAGGGACACCUGGAUCACAGGCUACGAUUCCCUUGAAUCCUACGCCAAGCCCGGCUUCUUUCUUCGCACCACGCCUCCCCGGCUACACCUUCUCAAGUACAAGCACACAGAUGCUUUUCGCAAAGCCACCUUGUUCAAACUGACAGGUCAGCUUGCCGACACCCUGGUGGGUCCUCGGUGCCAGUGGAGGUAUGACUCGUGUGUCAGGCCCUGCUUCAAAACUUGCAGUGACCCUUUGGGUGGAGCCUGCGUCACAAUUCCAAAAGUGGAGGGCUGCCUGCCUGUUUGUCCUGCUCAUAUGGUCCUUGAUGAGGUCACCCAUAGAUGUGUUCACUUGGAAGAUUGCAUUAAGCUUGCAGUUGCUGUGCAGCCUAUAAUACCAUCCAGCUCCGAGCCGCCACUUGCAGCUGUCACUUCUGUGACCACCACAAGCACGGGCCUCUCUACCCCUUUACACACCACCACAACUGCAGUCUCCUCCCCCUCACAUACAGCUUCUACCACUAAGAUCACAACUACUCUGCCCCCCAUCAGUGCCUCAGCAGUGAAAACACAGACCACUUCUAUCAAGGCACCAUCAACCUCCCCUGGUGUGGCAACCUGGCCAGUUACCACUCCACCCUCUCCUGCUCCAGAAAUAACCAGUGCAGCUGUGCCUCUACCACCGUCAACAUCACCAGAGGUGUCUAGUAUCACAACGAGUACUUCUUCUUCUGGACGUUAUCCAACAGAGUGGAUAAGUAAGACUUCAGGCUCCACUGUCACCCCAGUUGGCCCCAGUACAUUUAAGACAACCUCUGCCCCUUUUUCUAUCACUGCACUGUUCCUGUUCACCCUCUCCAGCAGACCCACAUUCCCCAGGGAGCCUCUUUUCACCACCACAGCUGUCACCUCCCAGCCAUCUACUACUGCCACUCUGACCACAAGCUCUGUUGUGGAGCAAACCAGCAUUGGCACCCUUCCUUCUGUGCCCAUGUACACAACCAAAAAGAUCACAGAACCUACAACACAUCCAGUGGUUGUUACCCCAGAUAUAAUCACCUCAAGUCCUCAUCCAAGUCCAUCCUCAGAUACUCUUAUAGUUACAGAGAGGACUACUGUAUCCACCAGUAGUACCACUGCACCAGCAGACACCAGUAGUGAACCAGCAACAGCAGCUAGAACUCCACCAACAUCCACAACAUUAAUUCCCCCUCUUUUGCCAAUUACUGUAGCUACAAUAGCUUCUCCUCUUCCAUCCUUAUCUCCUGUUGAAACAGGAACAGUAUCUACACCAGAAAUCACUUCAACUAAAACUACUGAAUCAGUCACACCAGUUGCUCCUUUCACCACACGCAAAACAACACCAUAUACAAGUACAGAAACAACAUCACAUGUAUCUGUGGUUUCCACAGAAAAGACUAUACAUACCACUCCUAUUGACCUGACAACAUCCAUUUCACCUGUUCCAGAGUUGCUGUCAUCAGCCUCAGUCCACACUGUGCCAACCACAACUGUACCUCUCACCUCAGCUAGUACAGAAUGGCUAGCUAAAGAGACAGUAUCUGUAUCCUCUGUAUCUGAAAAGGCCACAGCCACCACGACUUCAGCUCCACUAUUGAAGGUAACAGACACUACAAGUGCUCCUCUUUCAACCUCUACAGCCUAUACUGAAAAAACAUCCUGGUCCUCUGUUGUUUCAACAACACAAAGAACCACUCAAACAACUACAAGAUCUACAGAGGUUCCAGCUGUGCCUACCAUCUCAACAAGACCUUCAAUCACAUCAACACCCACCAUGUCAAUGGUGUCACUCACAGAAACUUCGACGCUGGCAUUACCAGCUGUGACAGAAAGCUCGAGCCUCAGUACUUCCACCAUGAAGACAUCGGAGCCGUGGCGUCCACCCCACUGGCAGACAUCCUCCACUCCAAUUUUCUUCACCACAAAGGUGACCAUUCCUGAGGUCACCUCCAAAACAGUCACCCCAUCAGUCACUUUCUCCACCCCCACCACCACCACUCAAAUUCCCAUUCUUCCAAUAACCACACAAGUCGUCAUCACCAGGACAACUUUAACUGCUGCAACCACUGCUGCCAAAAUGAGCUAUCUCCCUCAGGUUUCAACCACACCAGUUGUAACUGAGAAAACAGUGACACCUGAGCACCUGGCUGUACCUGAAAAACCUGAAACACUUCUCACCACAGCCUCGACGAGAGCUCCGCCAAGUGUUAUUUCAACAACUCUCAAACCAGUUGUCCCACAUAUAGUGACAGAGAGUACACCUGUACCUCCUAUGACUGGCAGAGUUGAGGUGUCCACAAGGGCGACAACAACAUCAAGGGCUACAACAGCACCACCUCUCUCUUGGUCCCCUCUGUACACAACCACCUCUACCCCAGCUCCAAGACCUACAACUUACCCAGAAAAAGUUACCACCCAUCUAGUUUCCACUGCAAGGUCUACACCAGCUACAGCAACAAAGAUCACUCAGGCAACAACGCUCAGGACAACACUAAGAGUUCCCGCAACAACGAGAGUGACCCCAAGAAUCCCCAUAACUGAGAGGUCAACUGUCAGGCCGAGCACUGCAAGGGUUAUCGUGGUGACAAGGCCUCUGAUGGAAACCACCAGCUCAACCACUCUCAGUCCGCGAACUACCACUCCAAGCCCUGGCACUACAACUGUGUUGGAGGUGUCAUCGACAACCACUGCAUCAUCCACACCACCAGUCUCUACAGCCAGUACUACAGAAGGUGUCCACGUUACUACAACAGUUACAAGUACCACCACUUCAACUGCUCCAGGCCUUAUGCCAGUUCCCACUCUAACAACAGUCACGGCAUCUACACCUGUUCCCACAAUGGUCACUAGAGAGACAUCUACUUCACCAUUGGAGAGCUUGACCAUUAAAGGGAUAGAGGUUUCCCCAUCCACAGUCAAAACUGUAACAUCCCCACCUGAUGAGUUACCCUCCUCACAGACACCUGGUACUUCCCCCAGUGUGACUACAACCCCAGCUGUGACCUCAGCCCACCCAACUGAGCCUGAGCAAGUAGAAGGCACCAGUCCAGCGCUAACCCCAUCUCCUUCAUCAGUGUCUCCAUACACUAUGGCAAAAACUACGGAGCAAACAACUGAGGUCACAACAUCCAUGAUUGUAUCAUCAACAAGGAUGUGCACACCUCCUUAUGCAGAAAUCAUUGAUGAAUGCACAAAGUAUAUCUGUGUCAACAACCAGCUGGUUCUCUUCAACAAGUCUCAGAACUGCCUCUACAACUCCUCUCCUCCAAACUGUGGUCUGCUAGGCUUUGCUGUACUCGUUAAUGGUGACAAGUGCUGCCCUCAGUGGGCAUGUCCAUGUCGCUGUUCCAUCUUUCCAGAUCUUAAUGUAAUCACGUUUGAUGGAAACAAUGUUGCCAUCUACAAGGCUGCUACCUAUAUAGUCACCCAGCUGCCCAAUGAGACACUCAGCGUUUUGGUUGAGGAAUGCCCUGCUGACUCUGACACACUCCUGUGGAAUUUCACCAACCUGUGCCUCGUUGCUCUCAACAUUACCCACAAAUCCAACCAUAUUGUGAUCAACAGACUGCAGAGAAGGCUUUAUGUAAACUCAAGGUAUGCCAAGCCACGUUUCAAAAAGUUUGGCUUUGAGAUUCUCGACACAGGGAACAUGUAUCUCAUCCGGAGUCCGUCAGGUCUCAAGCUCCAGUGGUUCCACAGCACUGGCAUGUUGGUGAUUGAGACUGAAAGCUCCAACAAGCUCCCUACCAUGGGCCUCUGUGGCUGCUGCGAUGGGGACCCAGCCAAUGACCUGACUUUGGCCAACGGCACGAUGAUUGGGGAGAGUGAGGACCCAACUCUGUUUAUGGACAGCUGGCAGGUGCCAAACACUACCAGCUACAUCAGCCACAGCCGACGCCGUGAGGUCAACUGUUCCACAAGUGACUGCUCCCAGUGCCUGGCUAUGCUGCGCAACCACUCCUUCACCCAGUGCCAUGAAUUUGUACCCCCUUCCACUUUUUGUGAGGUGUGGGUGCGUGAUGAGGAGUACGUCAAGAACCCCUGUGUGGCGCUGGCUGCCUAUGUGGCCUCUUGUCACAAAUUCAACGUGUGCAUUGAGUGGAGGAGUCCAGACUACUGCCCCUUCAUGUGUCCCGAGACACUCUGGUACCAGGCCUGUCUACCAGGGUGUAUGGCCCAGUCCUGUCCCAACCAGGACUUUGAAUCAGACCCUGGCCAGUGCUCGGGAAUCACUGAGGGCUGUGUAUGCCCCAAAGGAACCCUCCUCCACCGUCCAUACUCAGCGCUCUGUGUCCCUCCAGACAAGUGUGCCUGCACCGACAGCUCCGGUGUUCCCCGUUCCAAUGGCGAGGUGUGGAAAGCCUCUAAAGAUGGCUGCUGCAUGUACCGCUGUGACAACGACUCCAUCGUACCCAUGGAGUACAACUGCUCCAUGGUGGCUCAGCCGGUGUGCCGUCGCACCGGGGAGGUGGUCAUCAACCUGGCAGAUGACACUAGCUGCUGCCCGCAGAAACUUUGCGUUUGUAACCAGAGCCACUGUGACAUAAUCCCCCCUGAGUGUAAGUACGGAGAGAAGCUGGUGUCUUACUACCACCAGGACUCCUGCUGUCCCAACUAUGUUUGUGAAUGUGACCCCGAGUUAUGCGAGUCUGACAUCCCAGCCUGCCGAGAGGACCAGACGCUGAUUGCCACCAAAGCUGAUGGAAGCUGCUGUCUGGCUCACAUCUGCAUGUGUGCCGCCUGCCCAGAGGUGCUUCCAAAGUGCCAAGAGGGGGAGGUGCUGACGGUGGAGGCCAACAGCACAGACCGCUGCUGUCCUGUCUAUCACUGCAUGUGUGAGCCUUACAGGUGUCCACGAGCCACCUGUCCUAUAGGGAUGUCUCUUGCAUCCGUGUCCAGCCCAGACCAGUGCUGUCCCAGCCACACAUGCGAGUGUGCCUGUGAAAAGAUCGCUACUCCAAAAUGUGGUCUGGGCGAGACGACACAGCUGGACAGGGCAUUCCUGGCAGACCCACAAAACCAGUGUGCCUGCAAAAGAUACAAGUGUGUGCGCGAGGCAGUGUGUGUGGACGGAGAGCGGGGUGUGAUGAAGCCAGGCCAGACCUUGGUGGAGCACAGCGACAACGGCCUGUGCCACACCACCCAAUGCACUCGGAGUCUGGACCCCACCACGGGCUACCACCUCAUCCGAACCACCAGCACCAACUGCUCUGCACAGUGCCAACCAAAUCAGAUUUACAUCCCACCCAAAGACCAGACCACAUGCUGCGGUGUGUGUAAGAACAUCUCUUGUCUCUAUCAGAAUGAGAAUGGGACUACUGGACUCUACAAGCCAGGGAAGUCGUGGGUGUCCAACUGUAUGAAGUAUGACUGUACAGACACCCUGUCAGGGCCCACCCUGGUCUCCUACUCCUUCAGCUGCCCUCCUUUCAAUGAAACAGAAUGCAUGAAGAUUGGUGGAACUAUUGUAAGUUACAUGGAUGGGUGCUGCAAGACAUGCAAGGAAGAUGGGAAGUCGUGUCAGAAGGUGACAGUGAGGAUGACUAUCAGAAAGAACGACUGCCGCAGUAACAGGCCGGUUAAUAUAGUGUCAUGUGAUGGCAAGUGUCCCUCUGCAAGCAUCUACAACUAUAACAUCAACACGUAUGCACGCUUCUGCAAGUGCUGCCGAGAGAUGGGUCUCCAGCGGCGCUCUGUACAGCUCUACUGCAGCGGAAACUCCACCUGGGUCAACUACUCUAUUCAGGAGCCCACCGACUGCUCCUGUCAGUGGUCCUAG